AUGAAGAUUAUUGUUACAAUCACAACUUUUCUAUCUCUAUCCUUAUCAUUUUAAAUAGGGGCUCAUGAAUCAGAUAUUGUAGAUAAUAUAAUGUUGAAUCAAAUUUUUAAUAUUAAUUACUAAGGAGAUUUGUAAGAUUCAAUUUUAAUUUCUUAGGUAUUCAGGAUAUUUAAAAGCUGAUAAAGAGGGAACAACUUAAUUUUAUUAUUUAUUUUAUCCAGCUAUAAAUGAUUCUCUAGAGAAACCUAUAAUAUUAUGGUUAAAUGGAGGUCCUGGAUGUUCAUCUAUUUAGGGGGCUUUUAAUGAGAAUGGUCCAUUUGUAUUUAAAGCUGGCACAUCUGAAUUUGAGUUGAACAAGUAUUCAUGGACAAAUUUUGUAUAUAUCUGACACAAACAACAUUUAGGCUAACAUGAUAUAUCUUGAGUCGCCANUUGAAAUAAAUGAUUUACGGUAAGAAACAGUUAUGAUAAUUAUUAAAUGA